UGUGGAGUGGGGGGGGCUGUGCGCUGAGGAAACUGGGGAUCAUGAACUGGGAGUACUGGGAAAAGGGGGGGCCGCGCUCCGGGGACGGCAGCGAGCGGGGACCGUGCGCCGGUGGUACCGGGGAACGCGGGGCCCUGCGAACCGCGGAGAAAGCGGGCUGUGUACCGGGGAAACGGGGAGCGGGGCGCGGGGGCUCUGGGGUGCAGUGAUGGCCGUACCCCCACCCCGGCUGUGCUCUCACCCUCUCCUUUCUCUCCCCGUGCCAGGAGCGGAGGAUGAACCGACAGCCCCGGCGCGGAGCGCGGCACGACGCCCGCCGAGCCGGCCCGGCGCGGCGCUGAGCAUCGCCCACGAGCCGCCUCGGGGUCCCGCCGAGCCCCCCGCGGGUGGGUGCCCCCGGCAUGGACGGCCGUGACUUCGCGCCCCCGCCGCGGCUGCUGUCGGAGCGGGGCAGCCUGGGCCACCGGCACGGCGCGGGGCGCGUGGCGGGGUCGGCGCACGGGGCCGUGCAGCCCCCCGGACACUUCCAGCCCACCAAGUACUUCCCGGCGCCCAUCUCCAUGGCCACGCACACAGCCGGCAGCAGCCUGAUGGGGAGUGCCCCCCCCUCCUCAUUCAUGGGGGGCUUCCUGAGUGGCAGCCUGGGCUCGGGGGGGCCCAGCCACCCUGCCGGCCCCACCGCCUCCCCCCCAGAACCGGCCUUCUGCGGGCCUCACUCCGGCACCUCCCAGAUCUGGUUCUCCCACUCCCACGAAGCCCCGGGGUACCCCCGCUUCUCCGGGAGCUUGGCCUCCACCUUCCUGCCCAUGGGCCACCUGGAUCACCACGGCAAUAGCAACGUGCUCUAUGGCCAGCACCGUUUCUACGAGAGCCAGAAAGAUAACUUCUACCUGCGGAACCUUCCGGCGCAGCCCCCCCUGCUCCCCGCCAGCCACGGCUUCCCUGGCAUCGCCCGUGCCGCUCCCGGGCCCCCCACCGGCUCCUGCAGCCGGGAGAGGGAUGCCGGACCCCUCCCCAAGACCCCCAAGGACUACGAGCGCUUCCUGGCGGGCAAAGAGAAGGGGGGCAAGGGGGACCCCAAGGAGCGGCUGCCCGAGGAGGACCCCAAGGAGAGGCACAAGGCGGUGCUGCCGGUGCCACCCGAGGGGCACUGCAAAGAGGGGGUGCCGCCACGGGGGUCCAGUGAAGGGCGCCCCAAACCCCUGGCCUCGUGCCUGCUGGGGGCCAAGGGGCUGGACGGGGACGGUGCCCGCGCCGCGCUGCCCAGCUGUGCCGGGAGCGCCCUGCCCCGCGCCGCCCGCUGCGCCCCCAAGGAGCGGGAGCCGGGGGUCCCCGAGGCCCCCCAGCCCUACGGCGAGGCGGUGGAGCGGCGGCAGAUGCUGCACCACGCCGUGUCCUACGCCGUGCCCGCCGCCGGCUCCUUCCCCUGCCUCCCACUCCACGCCGGCCCCGAGGUGCUCUGCCCGCUGCCCGAGCCCCCUGCCCGCGAGCUGAAGCUCAGCGGGGCUACCUUGGUGCCCUCGGUGGGGCCCCCGACGGACAAGAGCCGCUCCUUCCAGGCGGAAUCCGGCGGGAUGGAGCGCGGGGACGGCAAGGAGCGGCACGCCGAGGCGGGCACUGAGCCCUACGGUGCCCCCUUCCACCACCCGCUGAAGGCCGAGGGGCCGGCGGAGCGGCGGCUGGAGUGGGGGACUCCGGGCACCCGACUGAAGGGGCUGGAGUACCUGGGGGGGGGCGCAGCCGAAGGACCCCCCUUCUCCGGCCGGUGCCCCGCGCCCAAGGCGGCUCUAGAGAAAGGCUACUUCGAGGUGCCGCCCGCCCCCGACUGCUCCCGCGCCCCCCGGCCCGACCCUCUGGGCGUCCGCGUCGGCCCCUCCUGCUGCACUUUAGAGAAGGGCCCCCCCAAGGACCUCCCGGCCCAGAAGGUGGCACGGAUCCGGCACCAGCAGCACCCCGAGGCGGAGGCGGCCGAGGGCAAGCGCAAGCCCCUGGAGCUGGGUGGCCUGGGCUACGGCGGGCACCCCCUGCCCCCCUGGGGGGUGCAGGGCCAGGGGCCCCCCCUGGCUGUGGCUGAGGAGCGGAAGGGGGGGCCCUACCUGGACCCCUUUGGCGCGGGGCUGGUGCGGGCGCAGGAGGUGCCCAACGCCCCCGACGAGGUGUCGGCCAUGAAGAACCUGCUCAAGUACAGCAACGGGGCGCUGCUGGGGGGGCAGAAGGGCCCCCCCUUCGUGGGGCUGGGCAGCACCAAGGGCAGCUGCGCCCACCAGGACGCCAAAUUCCCAUCGGGCAAGGGUCAGCCGGAGCUGGAGCGGCCAGACUGCGCCCGCGGCCGGGAGCACGAGGCACUGGGCCCCAGCGGCACCGAGGGCGAGGUGCGGCAGCCGCCCGUGGGCAUCGCGGUGGCCGUGGCGCGGCAGAAGGACACGCUGGGCCGCCACGAGCCCUACGGUGCUGGCGGCACCGGGCGGCAGCGGGCGGCUGCUGGAGUCAAAGCAGGCACCGCGCGCCCCGUGCACCUGAUGGAGCUGGAGGCGGAGGAGGAGCGGGGCCGGCUGUGCGAGGAGCGCCUGGGGCUGCCCGGGAGGGACAUCCUGCUCCAGGACAACAAGGACCUGGUGGAGUUUGCCCGGAUGCACCCAUCGGGGGGGUGUCCUGGGGAGCUGACCCCCCACCUGAUGAUGACGGGGGGCUCAUCGCUGCCGGCGGGGCAGCUCGGGGGGGACCCCGCCGCCCACGCCCACCCUGCCCACACGCACUGGCUGCCCCGCACCCGCAGCCCCUCCAUCUGGAUGGGGGGACACUCCUACGGCAUCGGGCACCCCGCCCUGCACCAGAACCUGCCCCCUGCCUUCCCUGCCUCCAUGCCCAGCGCCAUGCAGCCCGUGUUCCCCCUGGCCCAGGACCCCCCUGCCCAGCUCGUCAUCCUCCCCACGGAGCCGCCCACCCAUGGCACCCCCCACACGCUGGCUGACGUGAUGGACCAGGCGUCGCUGUGGCCCCCCAUGUACCCGGGACGGGGUCCCAGUGCCCACCUGCAGCACACGGGGCAGCUCCCCGUGUACCCACGGUCGCAGUUCCUGCGGCAGCAGGAGCUCUAUGCCCUGCAGCAGCAGCAGCAGCAGCAACAGCAACAGCAGCGGGCAGCCCAGGCCCUCGAGAUCCAGCGCCAGGUGCACGGCCAGCGGAAGCCGGAGGAGCAGCCCCUGGAGCUGGAGGAGAGGGGUCCCGAGAAGCCCCUCAAACCCUCCCACAAAGCAGUUGCCUUAAACCCCCCAGCCAAGGGCCUGACCUCGGUGGCCCCCGCGCCCCCCAAGCUGUCCCCGUGCUGCCACUCGCCGGCCCUGCGGCACCCGGCCAAGUGCCCCGUGACGCUGCCCACGGCCCCCUGCACUUUACCCGCCUGCCCCGCCGCCAGCCCCCCGACCCCGUGCACGCCGGCUCCCCGCCCGCCGAGCCCGAGCAGUCCCGGACCUUCAGCCCCACGGCCGAGGCGCUGCGGGAGCCGGGCCCCCCGCGGGACCCCCCGGCCGAGGGUCCCGGGGCGCUGCUGCACCGCCACCACCUGCUGCUCCCGCCGGGACCGCUCUGCGGGGAGCGGGGGGCAGCCGGCCGGGGGCGGCACCGAGGAGCCCUUCGGGGGGCACCGGGAGGUGGCUCAGGGAGCGCCGGAGCAGCCAGAGCAGCAGCACCCCGUGCCCGAGGAGGGGGGCUCCCCGCUGCCCCCCACUGCGGAGGAGGAGGAGGAGGAAGAGGAGGAGGAGGAAGGCGACAGCGAUGGCUCAGAGCUAGAGGGCAGCUGCGAUGAGGAGGAAGAGGAGGAGGAGGAGGAGGAUGGUGACGUCCCCAGUGGGCACCAGGGCUGCACGGGUGGGCUGGAGGCGCUGAUCGCCGCCGGCAUCGACCUGGGGGAGCUGCCGGCACUGGAAGAACCCGAGGAGCCCCCCCCGGCCCCUCCUUCGCCUGCCCCCCACCCCUCAGGGAUCCCGGGCAUCGCCCUGCUCAGCGAACUCGCUGACCUGGAGCUGCGCCGGCGCCGCUGUGACCUGGCCAGGGAAGGUGAGGAUGAGGAGCUGCUGGCCUUCAACCUACAAAACCUGGCCACGGUGGCGGCUGCCUGGUCGCUGGUGGAAGCGGCAGGACGGGAGGGCAGCCCCCCUGCACUCAGCCCCCUGCCCGUGUCCCCCCCGCCCCGUGCCCGCGUCCCCCGGCGCAAGUACACCUGGACCCCCAAAACCAAGGCCGUGUGCCCGCUGAAGGCGGCCAUGGAGCAGCUGAACACGCAGGAGGUGGAGGUGCGGAUGCGCCUGGCCGAGCUCCAGCGCCGCUACAAGGAGAAGCAGCGGGAGCUGGUGAGGCUGCAGCGGCGCCACGACCACGAGCGUGACGAGAGCUCCCGCAGCCCGGCGCGGCGCGGGCCGGGGCGGCCGCGGAAGAGGAAACACUCCAGCGCCCUGGGCAGGGCCGAGAGCCGCAAGGUCAAGGCGGUGAAGACCAGCCUGUCCCUGCUGUGUGCUGAGCUCAGGGGGGACCCUGAGCCCCAGAAGAAGAGGAGCAAACUGGCUGGGGGGACCUUCAGCAGCCUCCAGGGCUCCCCGCUGAAGCAGAAGGUGAAGGGCAAGGGGCUGCCCCCUGGGCUCAGCCCCUUCCGCCGGAGGGACCCCAACCCCGGUGCCCGCAUCCAGAAGAAGCUGAACCGGCCCAAGGGCUCCAAGGGUUCCAAGUACCAGGGGCAGGACCCCGGACCCCGGCAGCCCCCCCACUUCAGAGAUGAGCCUGAGGGUGACACAGACAGCGAGGAGGGUGAUGAGGAGCCGGGGCUGUCACUGUCCGCAGGGCCAGUGGCUGUGCUGGGGCCCUCCCCAUCCUCUGUGGUGAAGAUGGAGGCCAAUGAGAAGGCCAAGAAGAAAAAGGAAAGGCAGGGGCUGCUAGGUCCGUGCCGCCUGGGCAGCCCCGAGGGGGAGGUGAAGAUCAAGCGGCGGCCGGUGAAGCCGGGGGGAGCCGGGAAGCUGGAGAAGGUGCCGGGCCGGCGGAAGGCGGGGGGCUGCCCUGAGGGCAGCAAGAAGAAGCUGAAAGCCAAGGCCAAGGAGAGCCUGAGGCCCCCAGCCCCUGGCGGCCCCAGCCCCCCGGGAGCCCCCAGCAGCCUCUUUGGGGGCACGGACCCCCGGCUGCUGGGGCCACGGGACGAGGGGGCUCGGCUGGGAGAGAGGGGCAAGAAGGGCACCCGAAAGAGCAAAGGGCUGCAGGCAGCCCUCAGGCGCAAGAACGGGGCACUCUCGCUGGCCCUCUCUCCCCGGAGCGCCAAGACCAUUCUGAGCAAGGGCAAGAAACUGGCCAAGGUCAAGAGCAAAGUGGCCACCAAACAGUGCAAGGGCCGGGCCGUCAGCAAGCUCCUGGAGAGCUUCACCGUGGAGGAUGACUUCGACUUCGACGACAACAGCAGCUUCUCAGAGGAGGAGGAGGAGCUGGGAGGUUGCCUGGCAGGGGGGGCCUGCGGGGGGGUGCCCCACGCCUGCGCCAUCCAGAAGGAGGAUCUGCGGGAUGGGCUGCACAUCCUGAUCCCCAAGGAGGACAGCCUGCUCUACGCCGGCAGCGUGCGCACCAUCCAGCCCCCCGACAUCUACAGCAUCAUCAUCGAGGGUGAGCGGGGGAACCGGCAGCACAUCUACUCACAGGAGCAGCUGCUGCAGGAGGCGGUCCUUGACAUUCGGCCGCAGUCGCGGCGGAGCCUUCCACCCGGCACCCGCGUCUGUGCCUACUGGAGCCAGAAAUCCCGGUGCCUCUAUCCCGGGAACGUGGUGCGAGGCUCCUCCAGCGACGAGGAGGAGGAGGACGCUGAGGCCGUGCUGGUGGAGUUCGAUGAUGGGGACAUGGGACACAUCGCUGUGUCCAACAUCCGCCUGCUGCCCCCCGACUUCAAGAUCCAAUGCACCGAGCCCUCCCCGGCACUGCUGGUGUCCAGCUCUUGCCGGCGGGCGAAGCGGGCGUGUGGCGACGUGGGCACCCCUGGGGCGCUGCCCCCCACGGUCUGUCCCGACCACGGCCCCCAGCCCCCCCAGAAUUCUGGCAGGAAGGCGGCUGGCAAGGAGAAGAGUGGCAAAGCCAUGGAGGGGCUGUCGGGGGGCCGGGGGCCGGCGCUGGGGGACUCGGCGGCCGGGCGGCGCGGAGGGUCCCUGCUCAGCUGGGCCGCCGUGGCACAGACCAAGCGGAAGGCGGCGAACAAGGGCUCGGCCGUGCUCCAGAACCUCUUCCAGGUCAACGGCAGUGCCAAGAAGCUGCGGGCCAAGGAGACCCUCUUCCCUCUGCACCACCACCACCACCACCUCGCCGCCCCCGUCUUCGGCAACGCCUUCGGCGCCGACUCCUUCGGCCGCAUCGCCAGCUCCUACGGCUCCUUCGGCACUGGCGCAGGGCUGGUGCUGCCGGCGGCCCAGAAGCUCCUGCGCUCCAAGAAAGCCGAGCGGCUGGAGGCUGAGGUGGGCAGGAGCGGGCGCAGGAAGGCGGCGGGCAGCGAGUUCCUGGUCAAGCUGGACCACGAAGGGGUGACGUCCCCCAAGAACAAGACGUGCAAGGCGCUGCUGUUGGCCGAGAAAGACUUCGGGGCCAGGCUGGAGCGGCCGCUGGGCAGCCACGGCUACGGACACGCCGGGCUGGGCGGCCGGGAGCGCAGGGGCCGCGCGGCCGCACACCCGCUGCCCGUGGGGCUGGCGCUGCGCAAGUACUCGGGGCACGGGGACUUCGCCCUGAACUGCGACAGCGACUGCCACAGCUCCUACUCGGACAUGGACGAGGACGAGGACGCGGGAGGGCUCGGCGCCGACGUCCCCUCGCGCUUCAUGACGCGCCUUUCCGUGUCCUCCUCUUCCUCGGGCUCCUCCACCUCGUCCAGCUCCGGCUCCAUCUCCACGUCCAGCCUGUGCUCCUCGGACAAUGAGGACUCCUCCUACAGCUCGGAGGACGAGGACUCGGCGCUGCUGCUGCAGACCUGCCUGUCGCACCCGGUGCCGGCGCUGCUGGCGCAGCCGGACGCUCUGCGGCCCAAGGGCGCCGCGCCCCAGCGCUGCUUCCUGUCCAAGGCGGCCACCGCCGGCCCCAAGGCCAAGCUCAAGCGCAAGGAUCCCCUCAGCUUCGCCAAAGCCAAAGAGUUCUCCCGGCGGCAGCGCCUGCCCUCGGUGGAAAACCGGCCAAAGAUCUCCGCCUUCCUGCCCGCGCGCCAGCUCUGGAGGUGGUCGGGGAACCCCACGCAGCGGCGCGGCAUGAAGGGCAAGGCGCGGAAGCUGUUCUACAAGGCCAUCGUGCGGGGCAAGGAGACGCUGCGCGUGGGCGACUGCGCCGUGUUCCUGUCGGCCGGGCGGCCCAACCUGCCCUACAUCGGCCGCAUCGAGAGCAUGUGGGAGUCCUGGGCCAGCAACAUGGUGGUCAAGGUCAAGUGGUUCUACCACCCCGAGGAGACCAAGCUGGGCAAGCGCCAGAGCGACGGCAAGAACGCGCUGUACCAGUCGUGCCACGAGGAUGAGAACGACGUGCAGACCAUCUCGCACAAGUGCCAGGUGGUGGGGCGGGAGCACUACGAGCAGCUGACGCGCGGCCGCCGCUGCCAGGACCGCCAGGACCUCUAUUACCUGGCGGGCACCUACGACCCCACCACGGGGCGCCUGGUGACCGCCGACGGGGUGCCCAUCCUGUGCUGACCCCGGGGUGCCCGCCCUGUGCUGACCCCGCCCAGCUCUUAUGCAAAGACGUGGGGACAUUGGGGGCGCAUCAGGGGACGUGGGGGGGCCUCCCCUACAAGCCAUAACUUUCCCUAGUACCUCUGACUGUUUGCCAGCAGGUGAAGCAGAAAUCAGGUGUGUUGUUCUAUUUAUUUUGCCUGUAAAUAUUGUAUCUCUUCUGGGAAGUUUUAUGGAAAAGCGAGAAAGGAAAAAAAAAAAAAACCCAACGACGACAAACCCAACAACAGCAAAAACAAAAAAAAAAACAAAAAAAAAGACAAAAAAUUACGAAAAAAAUCACAAAAAAAUAAUAAUAAUCCUCGGGGAAGAGGGGUGGGGGGGGGUCGUUUCAGUGCACUGUGUCCCCCAGCCUGGGGGGACGGGGACAGCGGGGAGCGCUGUACAGAGGGGGCCAGGGCGGGGGCUCGGCCCCGGGUGGGGGGCCCAGCGCCGCCGUCCCCAGUGCAAUAGUGGGGUGACCGCGGGGGGGACACCCCGGGGGGACCACGGGGACCCCGCGGGGCCGGCGGACGCUGGUCCGUCCCGCCGCCGCUGCCUGGAAAAUAUGUACAGGGGCUUUUCCAGUGUAAACACUAAAAAACAAAAAAAAUCCCACAAAACAGGAUUAAAAAAAAAAAAUAACCCAAAAGGACAAAAAAAAAAAAAGGAGCAAAGGGUUAAACAAAGGUUUUAUGAGCCGCCAUUCCUGUAAAGGCCUUUUACUAUGGAACUUUUUUAUGGAUAACUUGGCUUAUGAAUAAAUAUAUGAACCGUU